UACAAUUGGAACUAAUUCAAUAGCAUAUAGUCGCGCCGGCUUGUUCUAAUUAAAGCUGUGAGGUCCCUCGAUGAAGAUGGAACAGUUGGGCUACCCGACAAAAUUCAAAGGCUUUGGGCUUUACAUUCAGCGACGAAAAGUACAAGAUUUCACGGUGUAGAGGAAAAUAUACUACGAUGGCUAUUCAAAAAUAUGAGCGGCAAGACAGAGGAUGCUGAACAUGUUCGACGAUAUCCUCUCACCUGGUCUCUUCUGAGCCAUGUAUUCCCUAAGAUCCCACCGCAAACGCUAGGAAGGUCGCUCGCAUCUCUUCGUUUUGUCUCCGUCCUGCACCAAGCUAUCGGCGACAUCACCACGGCUCAAAAAUCUUCACUCGAAUCGGCAGUUCAGACGAAUGGCGUUACCCCAGAUAAAUCGAAAAAGAGGAAGAGAGACGACGGAUACCCUUCUGAUAUAAACGAGCUCCGCACCCCCCUGGGAUGCAUCAAGUCGGCUACUGAAAUAUUCAAGGCCUUAAGUAGCCUCCUUAACCAGGGAGUGGAUCAUAUAGGCCCUAGCAGUCCGGAACGAAAAGUUGGAGCCGAACAUAUCAAGUCGCUCUUCUCAUCAUCUAACGAAGAAACUAGAGACAUCGUUGCGGGGUUAUUACUGACGUGCGAUCGCUCCCUAAGCGUUCUCGAAAACGGCCUUUCCGGGGAUCAAAAACGAUGGAUUAGAGUUGUCACCACACUUUGGAAUCUCCGCGUUCACAAUAAGGACGACAGCCUUGAGUUUGCCAAAUAUGCAUAUGUACCCGUAUGUUCUAUUCUGGCGAGACUACGUUGUCUUGUCGGGGCAGCGCCUAUAACUGCGGCUAGCGAUGGGACCAAGAGACUUUGGAUUCGGCAGCUUGAGCAAUUUUUGAGUGCAUACUUUGUUCGUCCUGCAAGGCAUACGUUCGCGGCAGACGGAAAUGUUGAGGUACUAGAGACUGCCCUAAAUCUCUCAAAGAGGAACUCGGGUGGCUCUGCCAUCGUAACAUGGGACGUGGCAGCGAGGAUGUCCCGUGAUUCGGGUAGUCCAAAAUCUAAAGCGGAGCACUCAUCAUGGGCACAAAACGUCUUUAUAACCUUGCUCAAAUCUAUUCAGCCUCUAGAGUCUUCUGUUCGAAACCAAGUUAUCAUUCAACUGUUAGAUACUGCUAUCCAGACCAACUCGAUUCCAAACACCGUAGCUUUACAAGCUGUGUGUCGAGAACAUGGACUUGGAACAGACGAAACUGACUGGAAAUUGAUUUCUAAGGCUCUCGCCUGUGAUGCCGAUGUGUUUCUCAUGGAUGAUUCUCUACUAGAAAAUGUUUUCAGUAGAAUAAGUUCCCUUUCAAGUCAUGACCUCAGUACCAGACAAACGGUCGUCAAGGAGGUGGUGCUUCCUUUAGAAGACGCAUUUGCGAAGGCGCGAAACUUCUCAGGCUUUAUCCAGAAAUGGUACGAAUGCCUUAGUAAUAGCGCUGCAGACUCUUUAGGCCAGUCGAUAUGGGUUGACGACGAAAUAAGACAACAUUUAGCUGGUAUCCUACAAAGCGCAUUAACCAGCACACAGUUGCUCCGCGUCCUGGAGCACUUAGAUUCAUCGGAUACUCCCAAUGGGGCACUUCUGGUCAUUCUCGACGGAAUUUCAGCGGGAAUCACGGAAGAAGACUUCGUUACAACCGCGGACUCGAAGAUUUUCUCCGCACUUUUCCAGGAUAAAAUUUAUAAGAACAUUCCGCCUUCGAUUUUAUCAUUAAGAUGGCGUAUUGCUGGCCGGAUGGCUUCUUGGGAAACGUCGGAAGAGGUAGAUCGACUUUGGGUCGAGUUAAAAUCUGCUCUUAAACGCAUCCUAAAGAAGGGCGUUUUAUCUGAUCCAGAGACAUUUGAAGCGUUCAAAUGUUGUCAUAAUAUUUGGUUAGCUAACUACCCAGGAGGCAAGCACCAGGCCGAUCUCGCCAAAAUUACACUCUCGUUCCUUGAGCGGGUCAACUCGAAUAUGAAAAACGACACUAAGCUCUCUGCCUCUCGGCCGUAUAUAGAUUAUGUGUUUCAGUCUUUACCAAGACUGGCUGAUUUGCCAAAAAGAGAAGCGGUUGACCUCAAGGAUCUCAUUGUAGAUAUGUUCUCUCAGACUGAACAGCGUCUCAUAGUCGAGAAGGACACCUUACUUAAUGACGCUUUACGACCCCUUCUGCAAAAUUUCGAUUGCGAAGAUAAUGAAGCGUUAAUCGACGCUCUCAUAUCUAAACCACUUGAUGGCCUUGAUAAUACAGAGAAUGAGUCAGGCUGGACGCAACCGCGGGGCCUUUCGACACUUUCAAUUCUCCUGGAAUUUCCACGUGAAGCCUUAACUAAGGGGCGUCGAAAACGUAUCAUGUCUUCAUGGAAAAAUCGGAGAUCAGAAGUAGCUGACCGUGCAUCACGGGAUUCAUUAUUUGCAGUAACUGUGCUCAGGUUGUUGGUGAAGGUAAUGCAGCAACCAACGUUUUACGAAAAUAUGAGCUUUGAUGAUCUUGUUUAUAUCUCUUCCAAUAUGUGGAAAGAUGACGAGAGGGUCGUUGAGCUACUUGAAAAGCUUAUGGACUUGACACUACGGCAAAUGGUUACUAGCGCCGAUGGACCUUCAUUAACCUACUUGGCUGAGGUGUCAAGCUUUGCGAAGAGCCUUGAGCCGAAGGCGUCAAAAUACACAGCCGCUCAGAUUCUUCUAGUGAAGAGCACACUGUCCGCGCUGCACAGUUCCCCGAACAAGUCAUAUAACUCUAGUAUAGAUGUGGGCGAAGUUGCCCGCAAACUAGAGCAAAUGGUACAAGCCAAUUUGAGCAAGUUUGUGUCUGAGAACAAGAAGAAAGAAUUGGCUGCGGACGAUGAAUCUACUUUGAUAUCACUUUCUAUAAUGUUAAGCGGGGCGACAUGUGUUGCUGAUACUUACGAAGAAAGGCAAAUUGAGCUCACAGAGAAGACAAUCUCCCAAUUAGAAAGUAUAAGUACAUACUUCAUAUCUAAGAAGGUCAAUGUUGGCUGGAAGCUGCGGACAUUCCUUCUUAGAAAUAACCCAGGCCGAUACGAUUUGCGAGAGUUUUUGGGGCAACUGGAGCAAGCAUCUACGACAAUAGAUGAAGAGGCAGUAUUCAAUUUAGUCGAUGCCUUUGUGAAGACUCAAAGCCAGCCCGUAAGGGAUCAGCUGCUUGGCGAAUUAAUUGGUAGUGAGAAGCUGACCAGUGGCGCUAUUGGGCCUGUUCUGGCCGUCAAGAGGCUUGUUGAGCUACGCCAAGGUCCAGCUACCUCAUCAUCCAGUGGUGAACCCCAAUAUACUAUUGACCUUGGCGUAGUCCAUGAGCGACUUGCCUCUAUGCUAAGCCAGGCGGGGACUCUCCGACACUUCCAACAACUGUCUGAGCUUUUAUUACUCCUACUUGAUAAGCACGCCAACUCGAUGACCCAGUUCAAUAUCGAGACAACAUUAAGCAGCGUUGUUCACGUGUGCUCACAGGCAGGUCCUAAUGUUGAAACUCCUAAAGCGGCGGGAGAAAUUUACGAUCAGUUAUACCGAUUAGUAGCUCUCAUACUCAAACGACACCGGCUUCGCCUAAUGGGACAUUUCCCGAUCCUGCUUGCCGCAUUACGAGCACUCCUUGCUACUUUACUGUCCGACCCUAGUUCAGAUGACGCAAAUGAAACAUCCUCACAGGCUCGUCCACCGUGGCUUGGAUCUCACCUGCAGUCGAGACACGCGGAACGAUUCACUCGCCUCCUCACUCUUAUAUGCGAGCCAAGUGCAGCUUCGGUAGCCCGCGCCCGGUCAAGCGAAUUAGAUUCCGCCACAGACAUUGCGAAGCGGAUAGCGGGGCAAGACAUGUUCACCAUACUAGAACUAUACAUCAAACUUCAGCUUGAGGUGAAGGUUCCACGAGAUGUCAGAAAGGCUCUUGAACCUGGCGUGUACUCGAUCCUCGAUAUCACUCCUCAAGGGUGUAGGAGAGUACUUAACGAAUCCUUGGACGCCAAUGGACGUGCCAUCUUCAGAGAGAUGUUUGCGGAUUACAAAAAGUUUGGGAAAUGGACGGGUGUCUAAAUCGAGUCUUUCCCUCCGAAUCCAUACCAUUGGUGUGGGUUCUUCACACCAUCAGCCCGAAUAUAGAUUCAAAUAUCCAAGAGAUGUGCCCGUAGGUGGAGCAAAUUACCGGGAAAUUCCACGGCCACAUAAACUUAUUGGCUUACCCGUAUUAUUGAACUUAUCAGGUAGCCACAUCAUGAGAAUGGCCAUUAUAGUAUAUACCCAGGUAAUCUUAUACUCUUAAGGGUUUAAUCCAGCUUGGAAGUCCUCCCAGUCAACAUCAACAUCCCCGGAUAUGCUAUAAUGAGAGCCUGUUUUCUAAUUUUUUAGUCAUUCAUAAUACGUCUUACAACUUAGGAAUGCGUAACGUCAUUGCUGCAGGCGACGACGGCUCACUUGGCGACGUUGGUCAUAGUCUGGUUACCAACUACGAGACAGGAGAUUUGGGCUAAGACAAGAUGUUGGAAUCUGGUGCAAUGCAGCUUAUCAUUGCGCCAUAGGGGGAUAAGUGGUGG